GCAUGCAAAAAAACCUAACUCACACAUACUAGCUUUCACACAACCUAACCGAAAAUGCAGCUCAAUAUUUUUCACUUCACGCUCUUCCUUUUUCUUUUGAUCGCUGCCGCUUCUUGUUCUAGGGAAAUCUCCUCAAGGAAGAACGAGGAGACCCCAAGCAGCGGUAGCGGUUCAGCCUACGGGCCGAACUGGGGCUAUAAUUGGGGGUGGAGUACGACCCCAGAUGGCGGAUUGGGUUAUGGGUCAGGAUACGGGAGGUCGCCAACUGGGUAUGGAAGGGGGUACGGUUUUGGGUUUGGUUCUGGGGAUGGACAUGGCUCUGGGUCAGGCUACGGGUCUGGGAGUGGUGGGGCUCAUGGCGGCGGCUAUGGGUCUGGGGGUGGUGGAGCUCAUGGUGGCAGCUAUGGGUCUGGGGGUGGUUAUGGUGAAGGUGAUGGUGGAGCUGGUGGAGGUGGAGGUUGAGGAAGAAACAAGCACGGCUGAUAAGAUAUUGGCCGAGAGUUUAGGGUUUCAUGAGCCCCAGAGGCCAGUGUGUAGUGUGUACUAUGAUAACCAUAUUAUAACUAGCUAGAUAUACAUGUGUGUAAGCUUUUCAAUAAAUAAUCACUAGACUUUAACAAAGAAUAUGAGUAUUGCUAGUAUAUUUAUAUUUUCGUGUAGCAGUUCAUAGUUUGUUGAGUUGCCAUCUCUCUGGCUUAUGUCUGUGAAACGAUGACUGAUAUUUCUCUUCGCAAUACUAAAAGAAAGUUUCACAUUUGACUAA